UUUUAGUCAGGACGAAAAAUGUCGAUAGGUGCUUCAGCAUCUGAUUCUUGUUCAGAAAUUGGAUGUGAAGAUUUUGAUUACUAUUACGAUGCUGAUGGAGGAGAUCAUUUUGACCAAAGUCCAGCGCCCGGUUCAAUUCUCUGUGAUCCCGAAUAUGUUGAAUAUUCUUGUUUAGACCGACAACAAGUUGAAGAUUUGUUUGAUAAAAUUGUAAAAGAAUUAAUUGAAUCAAUUCCCCAAAAUAAUUUGAAACCUGAAUUGGCUAAACUUUUGUUACAUUUAAACAAAUGGGAUGUUGAACAAGUUAGGAUAUCCUUGUUGAAUGAUAGCAAACGUUUUUUGAUUGAGAAUCACAUUAUCAACGAUCAUUCUAAUCACCCACAAUUUCGCAAACCAAAAAUUACCAACAAUAAUUAUUUACCCAAAAAUCAAAUUCCUGGCACUUCUUCAAUAGAAUGCACAGUUUGCUUUGAAUUGUCAAAUUCUUCCCCAUUGCUUCAUUUAGACUGUGGACAUGGAUUUUGUAAAUCUUGUUGGCAAAUGCAUAUAGAAACACAAUUACAGAAUGGUGUUUCUUCUCAUAUUACUUGUAUGAACACUAAUUGUUCACUUAUUUGCCAAAAAGAUUUUGUACUUGAUCUACUUAAAAAUCAAUCUUGUGAAAUUAUUUCUAAAUAUGAACAGACGCUUUUUCGUGAUUUUGUCUCUUCCCACCCUUACUUACGCCUUUGCCUUGGUUCUGAUUGUGACAAAAUUAUUUUUUGUAAUACCUCAAAAGCACAUAGAGUUAUUUGCUCAAAUUGUAAUAUUAAAUUUUGUUUUAAAUGUGGAAGUGAUUAUCAUGCACCCGCAAGUUGUGAAAUAAUUAAAAAAUGGUUGGUUAAAUGUGCGGAUGACAGUGAGACUGCAAAUUAUAUAAGUGCCCAUACAAAAGAUUGCCCAAAUUGUAAUAGCUGUAUUGAAAAGAACGGAGGAUGUAAUCAUAUGCAAUGCUCAAAAUGUAGACAUCAUUUUUGUUGGAUGUGUUUUAGAGAUUGGAAGACACAUGGAAGUGAAUAUUACGAAUGUUCUCGUUAUAAAGAAAAUCCACAAAUUGCUCAAGAGGCUAACCAUCUUAAAGCACGCCGCGCAUUGGAACGUUAUCUACACUAUUAUGAACGAUUUGAAAAUCAUCAAAAAUCUUUAAAAAUGGAAGAGGAAUUACGUUUAAGAAUAAAAACAAAAAUUGAUGAAAAAGUGCAUAAUCAUGAAGGUACUUGGAUUGAUUGGCAAUAUUUACACGAUGCUGCAACUCUUUUAACAAAGUGUCGCUAUACUUUGCAGUAUACUUAUCCGUUUGCUUAUUAUAUGGAAAGCUCUUCUAGAAAGGAACUUUUUGAAUACCAGCAAGCCCAACUAGAAAAGGAAAUUGAAGAACUUUCUUGGAAAGUCGAAAGGGCAGAGCAUACAGACCGGGCUGAACUCGAAAAUCAAAUGCAUGUUGCAGAAUUAAAAAGGCGAACAUUGCUACAAGAUUUUUUCAAUUAA